AGUCCUCCCCAAGAGGGGGUGACAAUGAUGAUGACAGUGACGGACCACCAAGGGGGGCAGACCCAGGUCGGGAUGAAGCCGGAGGGCCGUCCCAAACUCCGCCGAUACCUCCUGGGCCUUCUGGGCCUGGGGCUCCUUCUCUCUUUUCUCCCGAAUCUUUGUCAGCAGGUAACCAUAGCAGUGAUCCAGAGCUCCGGGAGGGUCGAGAUCCAGGAGAAAACGUGGAUCCGGUUGCCGCCGGAGACCCAUCCAGUAUCCCCGCGCCCGAUGAAGGAGGGGACGAGGGGAGGGUACCUGCCGUGCCGAGCGACCGCGGACGAGAUGACCCAGAGAGUGGCGGACCUGAGCAGCCGGAUGAUCCAGUCACCGAGCCAGGAGGAGAGGUCGUCGUGGGUCCGGAUGCCGAGCACGGGGGAGCGGAUGACCCUACAACCAUCGAUGACGGACAGCCGCCCCCAGCGGAGGAACCAGAAGUACCUAGAGGGGAGCCAGAGGAAGGCGUGGAGCAGAGGAGAUCCCGUGAUGAACGUCCCAGCCCCCUCAACGUCGGAAACGAGCUUCCAGACAUUGAGAGGUGGCCAGCAGACCAACCUUUCGUCAGCGGAGGGUUCUUGGAAGACCUUAAUGACCCAAACACUCCAGAAUACGGGCCCGAGCCAGGAGGCGUUGGGCCCCAAGAAGACUCCCAACCACCCAGCGAUCGAGAGAGUGUGGGAGGGCACGGGGCAGAGCAGGAGCACGUCGAAGACCUCUUCCCCGAUGAACUCCUUGACCCCGAAACUUUCCGUAGACCGGCACCAUCAGGUGGGUCAUGGUCUGAUUCAGCAGCUGACGACGGGGGUGCAUGGGAAAGACUCUUAUCAGAGUUCCCUGAUGACUAUGCAGUACGACAAGCCAACCUCCUCUCCAGACCUCACCUUUUCGGAACUGACGAUGACCCAGUCACAGCAGCAUACUGGGAGUAUGAUGAGUCCGAAGGUGAAAGCAAAUCAGACACAGACACAGACACUGACACCCCUGGGAACAGAUAUCCCCCAGGAGGACGAAAUGCUAGGCAUAACUAGUUCAGGCAACGGAGGAAUGGGAGACUUGGACACACAAACAGAGUUGACCAAGGGUAUGACCCUGACACCUGAGGGCGUUGAACUUGAGAGGGGGUUGGGCAGGGAUGACCUGCAGGUAGCCCAAAGUACCCCUGUUGGCUCCCAGGUAUCAGGAAACGAUGCCCUUAUGAGAUGUCCCUACACCCCAGACACAGUUGAAUCCGUGUGGGUGUGGCAGUCAGGAGGCUUUAAAAGACUGGCUAAUUUUAGCAGCGGACAGCAGGAAGAGCCGCGCGAAAUACAUGUCGCGAAAGAGAUUAGGGCAAAAGUUUGGAACGAUGUCGAGCAAAGAAGAAUUAUGAUGCAGGUAACAGGCAUGCAGGAAGGGGACCAGCACUACUUUGCAUGUCUACAACGAACAACUAAGGACCCUGAUAAUUGGUCCCCUGCCGACAUUUACAUGCGUCGGUGGGAUGCUAACACAGGACAUCCCCGCAAGAAGCGUGAACUCACAAAUGACAUUUCUGAAUGGUUUGAAACCAAUGCCUGGCUCCACUGGGCAGACUUUACAGCCAGAUCUUUAUAUCCUGAAGGGGACUGUUAUGUGUGUUCCAAACAGUGGUUGAAAACCUAUGCUGUUCCGGUCCCAUUUUCUUUGUUAGAUGGGUGGAAACAAGAGGAAUCUGGUGUGGAGAAAGGGUUUCCUGCCUGGGGUGGAAAUGUGGAAAACGUUUCAUUUCCCCGGUGUGUACUUGAAAUUGGUAGUGCAGACCAUCCUUGGAACAAUCCCAACCGUUUCCAAAAUGGGGUACUAGUAUUGGAUGUAUGUAAAAGGAAGUUCCCAAACAUAACUGAAAGCCAAGAUGCAUGGAUAAAGGACUAUGCAGUAGACAGAACGGCAAAAUAUGAGUGCUUUCAUGGCCCAGCUCAAAAUAAGACAAGAUGGCGUGGCACCAUCCCCGAUGAUCUUGGGGAUGACUGGGAGGAUGUGGGCACCUUUAAGGGAAGGUGUGGGCACACAUGGACAAGGGACUUAAGUGGUACUUGGGGAGUACUAGACGCAUGUCCAUCUGCAGGCCCAAAUCCAGUGCAUGCCGUUUGUGCUCUGGAAAACGGAUUUAGCCCAUAUCACCCAGGCAUAAUAGCAACAAUGACUCCAAUUGACGAGUUCUUCUGGGCCUGUGGACCAAAAUAUGGUUUACGGAAAACACUGCCAUGGAAUUGGUCAGGUACGUGUGCGUGGGUGAGGAUAGGGCAGAGAACAAAUAUCCUUCCCCUAUCCAGACUAAAUUCCACUGAUUACAUAGACAAUGCUAUCAAACGGUCUAAAAGAUCCUCCGACUCAAGUCUGCCGAGUUUUAAAAUGACCUCAAUAGAAGACGUGCCAACCGAAUUCACUGCCCGGGAUAGGGUUAUAGGGGGAUUUGUAGCUGCAAUACCAAUCAUUGGGACAGCCCUGAUGGUUUCAGAAAACAUUAAAUGGAUAAAUUUCGUUUAUUACAAUCAACAGCAAUUCAUGAACUACACAAUAACGGCGUUGGAUGUCCUUAAUGAAAGACUGAACUGGUUAACCGAGAGCUUGGUCGCAAACAAUAAGAUGACGCUUCAAUUACGUCUGGUAGUUGACUGGCUAGCAGCAAAGGAAGGAGGCAUGUGUGCGAUAGUUGGGGAAGAUUGUUGUACUUGGAUCCCCGCAGCGUAUAACCCUGACUUGGACAACCAAUUCCAAGAGGCCAUGUCCAAUCUGAUACGAGUAAGAGAUGUAGCCCAUUACCAUGCAGGGAAGGACAAAGGGCUAGACUGGUCAGGAGUAGGAAACUUCUUCUCAUCAGGUUGGGCGUCACUGACAAACACCAUAGGCUCCUUUGGGACCACCUUUCUGGGCUGGGUACUUAAGGUGAUGUUGGGCGUAGUGAUAGUGGCUGCCCUGGUGUGUUGCAUAACUGCAUGCUGUGGGAAGAUCUGUUCUAAAACUUUCACUAAUGUCAUUGAGAAACAACUGAUAGUCCUAGGCCCAAUGGAAGAACUCACCAGAAGGGAGAAUGUACUUGACCCAGACGUUGAAAAUCGUCUCUAUGAACUAAUGGGCAGGGCUCAAGAUGAGGGGUUUCAAGAAACAGAGUUCCAGUCAAGUCGAGUGUGAAACUCCCUGUAUGCGAAAGCUAGUGUCGCAAAGGGGGGAGGUAGGGAGUUUGUUAAAUUUGUUUCAAUUCACACUGAUCUCCAUUUGUUCAUCUUGAGUGGUAUUAUUCUAGCUGUUUAUUUCUAUUUUACAUGGUUUAUU